UGCAUCUUUUUUAUCUGAUAUAAAACCGAAGAUCAGAUAUUACAGUCUUACUAACAGAUAUUAUGUGGGUACAGGGUUUCGAGACUCUAAUUUUGUGAUGUACAUCUUGUACUUACACGUUGUCACUUUGCAAAAACGCCGGCUUAUAGCACUUUACUUCGCUUCUGCUUAUAACGCUUUCAAAGCUGUUACCCUAUACUGCAUCUUACGACCACUGAAUUAAUUCUUAGGAAUAUUAUUACAAGUACUAACGAAGAUGCAUCUUAUACCACUGAGCCUCCUAAUCCUGUUGAUGGUAGUGGUCGCGGAAAGCACCAUCAUGGGCGGCCAGUGUAUGGAGUUCGUCCCGAUUCUGCUGCCCAAUGGAAAGAGCAUCUCCGGCAAUAAAAACGUCGGCCGCUGCACGUGUGAAAAAGCCCGCGAGAAGGAGAUGGCGCAACAAAUUCCCGACAAGUGGGUGCCUUCCUGCGAGAGUGACGGAAAAUGGAUGAAGAAACAACAAGACUGGAUUGGCGCGUGGUGUGUGGAUGCCAACGGCAAUCAGAUCAGCGAGAAAGCUCUCCGCGACGAACGCCGAAAUCUUAAAUGCGAAUAAAUAAUAUUGCCGACAACCACAACCCGCCUUGAAAGAAGAUUUCAAAGAUUUUCUUAGUUUAUAUAUCUGGCCGUUUCACCCGGUUUAGUCUGAAGGUGUCAACUUAAUACGCAAUGCCUGAGCUUUGGUUGUUUUCUCCAGCUUCCGUAUAAGAACAGAACAUAAUUUCAUUCAGACGAAUAUAUUUUUUCAUUGGGUACUGUCAUGUUUCUAUGAAGUACGUUCUUGCGCCUUGCAUGCAAUCAACCUCUGACAUGCAAUGACCUUCUUACAUAAUAAAGCGUUCGCUUUCCGCGCAAUGA